AGGGGGUCAAAAAUUGUAACGAUCUACUGAGGCGAAAAAACGGGACAUCUGAUCGCCGAUAUAAGUCUACCUGUGCAAUCAUCAGCCUCAAUCAAUGUCAGUCAUGCCAAAUCAAAAGGCCUUUGCCGUAGGUUCCAAAGCUCCCACCUUAGAAAAUGGAGUCCUUCGAGUGUACAGCAUGAGGUUCUGUCCAUUUGCUCAAAGAUCACUCCUGGUGCUGGCUCACAAGAAUAUACCGCACGAAGUCGUUAACAUAAAUCUGAAGAGCAAACCAGAAUGGUUCCUCCAGAAGAAUCCUCUCGGCAAAGUGCCCGUCCUGGAACAAGAUGAUAAGAUCGUGUACGAGUCCCUCAUCUGUUGUGACUACCUGGAUCAGGUGUAUCCCCAAAACAAACUGACCCCUGAGGACCCUUACCGCCAGGCUCAGGAUAAAAUGCUUGUUGAACAUUUCUCUCAGAUGAUGACAGAUUUCUAUAAAGUCCGCCAAGGUCCCCCUGCAGAAAUGCCCGCUGGCUUGGAAAAGUUUCGUAAACAAAUGUUCAGAUUUGAAACAGAAAUACAAAAAAGGGGAGAUUACUUUGGAGGUGAUAAAGUACAGAUGAUAGACUUAAUGAUUUGGCCCUGGUUUGAGAGAAUGUUGGUCAUGGAGAAAAUGCUUUCUCAAGCCAUCUUGUCGGACGGAUCUUUGCCAAAAUUGAUGGCAUGGACGACUCGGAUGUCGGAAUGUUUAGCCGUCAAACAAUGCCGUAGGCCUGUUGAACAACAUUUAGAAUUUUUCAAAACUUCAAAAAUGGGCGUCCCAAACUAUGACAUAGGUUUGGAAGAGUGAAAUCAGCAGAAUUACAAAAAUUACUUUAUAUAGAUAAAUGCUGACAUUUUGAAGUCCUUCAUUCCUUUCUCAUUUCAAUAUCCUGUAAAUAGACAAUUAUGUUAAAUACUGUACUAGUAUGUUUUUCCUCUGUAUUAUAUUGUAAACUAGAGGUACUGUGAGCAAUGAGCUCACUAAAUGAAUA